GUAUGAAACGAGCUAUCGGCCAACGUACCGUACUUGUUCCUUUAAAGUGCCAUCUAAAAGGACGUUAAAACGAUGGACUAAAAAGCGAGCCCUUGAACUACUUGACAUAGGAAAGCAGCUUCAACCUCAGCCCUUUGUAAAGGAAACUGUUGGACCAUCCAUGAACUUGCAACUAGAUCCAUUGGAUAUUUCGCAUGAAGCUGUGACCUUGCAGCACCAUACGCUAGAGCACAAUAUAAACACCAUAGAAGAUGCUGCAAAUGCAACUAAAGAACGGCACUACUGCGUAGUUCGAAUAUUCGCCGAUGACGGCUGCCCCGUAACCAUCAUCAGUAGCACUUGGCUUCUAAAAUGUGGCCACAUGGCAGCUAUCCCCAAUGUGCCUCAUCACACGUACUACAGACUCGUAUGGGAACACAACUCACCAAGACCGGAGGACAAGAUAAUGCCGAUUGCCGUCAUCGCGAGAACCGUUAGUUUCAAACGAGCGAGGUUGAUUGAGGCUUCCUUGGACACAGAGCCACUGGAGGAGACGGUUGAUGUAGUACCCCUUUCUACACUUCCAGCCGUUACUGUCUGUCAUUCAGCGCGUAUGACUUCACAAGGAGACGACAGCAAUCCUACUUUGAGGAAUUCGAAACGCUCCGGUGCCUCGAAUGGCGUACAACACUGCAUGCCGUUGCAUCCCGUACCGUCACCGUCACCGUCACCGUCAAUUGCCUCUACUUUUAGCCUGAAAAGCGUACCUUCACCUGAACAACGGCUCCUGUUCCUUCGCCGAUUAGAUGCGAACUUAAAGCUACUAGCAGACGGCGCUGAAGUCGGAAGCAGUCUGGAGAGUAAAACCUACUUAACAAACUCGCUAGCAACGAUGACACAAAGUCAAAAGUGUGCUUCAAUCGCGCCAUCGUCCUGCAUGAAAUGUUCACCUACAACUUGACAUUUGCUAUCCUUUACAAACUCACAAAAUAAAUUAAUCGCUG